AUGAACACCAUCGAUGGUUCAGACCGUCAUAUUAAGACGGAAGAAGCUCCUCCACCCUCGCUACUAGCCAUUGUACUAGACACCAAUCCACAUGCUUGGGCACACUUGUCCUCGACACUCUCACUUUCGACUGCUCUGGCCAACAUUCUCGUCUUCAUCAACGCGCACUUGGCAUCUGGAAAUACGAACGAGGUAGCCGUCAUAGCAUCGCACUCGCACAAGACCACGUUUCUCUAUCCGUCGCCUGUAGCCCCGCAAGCCCAGUCACGCAACGGCAUUGCAAAUGGCGACGUAGAAAUGAAUGGGAUUGGGGAUGACAAAGGCCAACAUACGGCGGAGAGUGCAAACAAGUACCGGCCUUUCGCUGUAGUGGAGAGCACCAUACUGCAGAACUUUGUCAAGCUGCUGAACGAGACCAAAGAAAGUCAUUUGGAAGCAACGCCCACGACACUCAUUGGCGGUGCCCUCUCCCUGGCGCUUACGCACAUCAACAAGCAGACUAUUUUACAUGCUCCCACCGCUGCCUCUGCUGAGAGCGCCUCUCUCGCAGCGCUGGCCGACUCGGAGAACACCCAUGUUGACCGCGUGUCCCUCACGUCUCGCAUCCUCAUCGUAUCCGUGUCUGGCGAUCUGGCCAACCAAUACAUACCCGUCAUGAACUCCAUCUUUGCUGCACAGAGGAAGCGAAUACCCAUAGACAUUCUGAAGCUAGCUGGCGAUACGGUUUUGCUGCAGCAGGCCAGUGAUGCGACUGGCGGAGUGUACAUGAAGCCAGAGCGUCCAGAGGGCUUGCUCCAGUAUCUGAUGAUGGCUUUCUUACCUGAUGUAACGGCAAGAGCCAGCUUAGUAGUCCCCAGCGCAGGUGGUGUUGAUUUCCGUGCUGCAUGCUUCUGUCAUCGCAAAGUUGUUGAUAUUGGCUUUGUCUGCAGUGUGUGCUUAAGCAUUUUCUGCAGUCCGGAUCUCCCGGAUAAUCUCUGUCUGACGUGUGGCUCUUAUCUGUCGCUACGAAGCGCGAUGACCAACCCGCCAGCCCUGAUCCCACGGAAGAAGAAAAAGAAGAAGAAGGCUGGGAUGGACUCUGCAACGCCAGGGGCGAACACUCCGGUAGGAUCAGGGACGCCUGCACAUCCCUGA